AUGGAAGCAUCAAACUCACAUAGUUCAGACACACCAGCAUUGGACAUUCUGCAAUUAUUGGGAGUCGAAGACCAAGAAUCAUUUAUGAGGAUUAAUGAAGAUUCACCCACCACUUCAUCAAAUCAUCAUAUUAACAAGAAGAAUACCACAACUGGUAAUACGGGGAGUAAAGAUGCUGGUGAGACUAAUAAACGUGCAAAACUCGCAUCAUCUUCCGAAACAAAUGGAAAUCAGCAUCUUGACAGGAAAAAAGAAAAAGGAAAAGCUAGGGCAGAGGCGGUCGAGAUUGAGACCGAAUCUACUAGUAAACCUGAAAAUGAAGUUGAAGCCAAUAUUUAUUACGGUACAUUAUUUUUUAGAAUGCAAUUUCCGGAAGCUACACCCGACGAGAUGGCUAGGCGUAAAUUGAGAGUUCGAAAGCGGUUCCUUGAUAAUCUACAUUUUCGAAAGUUGCCAGUGCGUAAAUAA